UACGCGUAAACGUUGUUGUAGACGGCGCUGGAUAAUCACGCCAUUCACGUACCUCGACGGAAUGAUGCACUAAAUUUUUUAGGUUAAGUUUGUACAGAAAAACGGCGCGAAAAUGGCACAGCGCUCGAUCACAUCUUUCUUCAAGAAAUCGACUGUAAACGGGGAUAAAAAUGGUACUGCGUCAGAAUCGAGUAAAGAGAGCAAAGAUAAAGCUGCUUCAAAAUUGACGGAUGCUAAAAGGAAAAGGGAUGAUGGCAGCAGCAGUAGCAGCUCGAGUUCUCCGCCAUCCAAAAAGAUUGUACCGAGUCCCAAACCGACAGCCAAAACAAAAAAACCUUCUUCUAUUAAGAAAACAUCAUCAAAGUCUCCGAAAUUAACAUCAAAAGAUAAAAACAAUAAAUCUAACGAGGAUAAAAUAGACAAAAUUAAUAAAGAUGAGAAGAAGAACAAGGUUGAAGAAGAAUCAUCCGAUUCUCUAAAAAAUAAGAGCGAAAAGAAAGAGCCAUCAGAUUUAGUACAAAAAAACGAAUCUGCGAAGAAGAAAACUGCUAAAAAAAGGGCCAGAAUAAUUCAAGAGGAUUCCAGCGAUGAUGAAGGCCACUUGCCGUUGCCAGAUAGUCCAGCAAAAGAGCAGAAUGGAACUAGCCCCAAAAAUGGAAAAUCUCAAGCAAAAAUAUUGUCAGAAAGUGAAUCUGAAGAUGAACCUCCAAAGAAAGAUAAUGUCAACAAGGAUAAGAAAAUUGAAGAAAAAAAAGAUGAAAAGAGCGAGGAAGGGAAACAAAGUCCAAAAAAAGUGAAAACGGAUAGCAAAUCUCCCAAAGUGAUGAACAAUUUUUUUGCUCCGAGGCAGCAAAAAGAUGGAAAGAACAAAAGCACGGAUAAAAAGAACGAGAGCUCCGCGUACAAUCCAAAUUCAGCAAAAUAUCAUCCAAUAGAUGAUGCGUGCUGGAAACGAGGAGACAAAGUACCUUACAUUGCACUCACGAGAACGUUAGAACUGAUUGAGGAAACGAGUGCUAGAUUGAAGAUGAUUGAAAUAUUAUCAAAUUAUUUUCGCUCCCUAAUAGUGCUGAGUCCCGACGAUCUCUUGCCGAGUGUGUAUCUGUGUCUUAAUCAACUUGCCCCUGCUUACGAAGGUCUUGAACUUGGAAUAGCAGAAACAACGUUAAUGAAAGCGAUAGCACAAUGCACAGGAAGAACCCUGGCACAAAUCAAAUUAGACGCUCAAGAAGCUGGAGAUUUGGGUGUAGUUGCGGAGGGAAGUCGUUCGAAUCAAAGAAUGAUGUUUCAGCCUGCAGCUUUAACGGUUUCAAACGUGUACACGAAAUUGAAAGAAAUUUCCCAGAUGACGGGAACUGCGUCCGUUGGCAAAAAAGUUGAUAGAAUUCAAUCGCUUUUCGUCGCUUGUCGUUCCACGGAAGCAAGAUAUCUCAUUAGGUCUUUGGCAGGCAAGCUUCGAAUAGGAUUGGCCGAACAAUCAGUUUUGCAGGCUCUCGCUCUUGCUUGUGCAAUGACGCCACCGGAACAAGAAUAUCCGCACGAAAUUUUGGACGCGAGUAGUAAAAUGGGGAGCGAAACCUUCAAGCAGAAAUACGACGAGAUUUCACUCAUCGUGAAAACUACUUACUGCGAGUGCCCGAAUUUCGACAUGGUCAUACCAGUUUUGCUGAAAGACGGUGUAAAAGCUUUACCAGAAAAGUGCAAGCUCACGCCAGGUAUUCCGUUGAAACCCAUGCUGGCGCAUCCGACGAAAGGUGUCCAGGAAGUUCUGACGCGGUUCGAGGGCCUUGAGUUCACCUGCGAAUGGAAAUACGAUGGUGAACGCGCUCAAAUUCACGUUGCCGAGAAUGGCGACGUGAGCAUAUACAGUAGAAACCAGGAAAAUAAUACGAGCAAAUAUCCUGAUAUCAUUGGUAGACUGAAUAAUACGCGAGGCGAUAAUGUCACGAGUUGUAUAUUGGAUUGCGAAGCGGUCGCUUGGGAACGUGAGAAGAAACAAAUAUUGCCAUUCCAAAUUCUCAGCACGAGGAAAAGGAAGGACGCUAACGAGGCCGAGAUCAAAGUCCAGGUGUGCGUUUUCAUGUUUGAUCUUUUGUAUUUCAAUGGCGAGCCAUUAGUGAAAGAACCAUUCGCAAAACGGCGCGAAUUAUUGAGAGAAAACUUUAAGGAAGUCGAGGGAGAAUGGUACUUCGCGACGAGCCUCGAUACGACGAAGAUGGAGGAGGUUCAAGAUUUCCUCGAGGUUUCUGUGAAGGGUAACUGCGAGGGUCUCAUGGUCAAGACACUGUACGAAGACGCAACCUACGAAAUCGCUAAAAGAUCCCGGAACUGGUUGAAACUGAAAAAGGAUUAUUUGGAAGGCGUCGGCGAUACUCUCGAUGUUGUCGUUAUCGGUGGGUACAUUGGAAAAGGAAAGAGAACUGGAACUUACGGAGGAUUUCUUCUCGCUUGUUACGAUCAGGAAAAUGAGGAAUAUCAGAGUCUUUGUAAGAUUGGCACGGGAUUCAGUGAAGAGGAUCUUCAGAAAUACACGGAAGUACUGAAAGAAAAAGUUAUACCACAGGCAAAAUCGUAUUACAGAUACGACAAUGCCCAUGAACCGGAUCAUUGGUUCGACGCCUCUCAAGUUUGGGAAAUCAAAUGCGCGGAUCUCUCGCUGUCACCGGUGCAUCGAGCAGCUGCAGGAAUUGUUGAUCCGGAGAAGGGAAUAUCAUUGAGGUUUCCACGUUUCGUUCGCGUUCGUGAGGACAAAAAUCCCGAAGAUGCAACGUCGGCUCAGCAGGUUGCAGAUAUGUACAAGAAUCAAGAGCAAAUAAUUAAUCAAACUUCGACGUCGAAAGUCAACGACGAAGACUUUUACUAAACACAAUCAUGUCAAUUUAUCUUUACCUCUGUAUUUUUCGUAUUUUUGUAGCCAAUAAAAUGUGUAUGAUUUUA